UUUCACACAUAUUUUUCGGUGAGAGAUUUUAUGUGUGACAUUUUCCCGAUUCUAUUGGUGAUGACGAUGUAUUCAAUGUAUGAUGACAUCUAUUGGAAAAUGUCCGAAUUGAAUUCAGACAUACUCUCGAUGUUGUAUUUACCGAGAAACGAGAAACUGUAAACAAAUCGAAAUGUCAAACAUUUAAACGAUUUUUUUUUUUGCCAUGCCAAUGAACUGUUUGUGAUAAAAAGAAUCGUCGAACACUUGAGAUAUAUAGGUAACGAAAAUAAAUUGGUCACACAUAAACUUCGAUCAAAAUCGAAAAUGUCGGAAUAUGGUGCCAUUUUACAGACAAACAUUAUGGAAUUAGUCAAAUAUGUUGAAAAUUUCAAAAAUCAACGACUGCAAUUGGAUGAACUCAUUCACAAGGGAGAAUUAGAUCAGGCCAAGCUCGCCGAAGAGAUUGAUUUACUGCAAGAGAAACUCAACGUAAAAACCGAAAAAUUGAACGCAAUGAAAGGCCGACGAGAAGAGCUGAGCCGUAAAUUAGAUGAAACCGAAACUCAUUUAAAACAGCUAUUGGACACAUCCGAUGUUGUCCUCAAUUAUAUCAAACGAGAGUCCAGUUCGAAUCAGACCAAGACGAGACAUCAUGAAUAAUGUGCCGAAAAACAAAUUCUGUCUCCCUUCGUUAGCUUAGGACCGCAAAUUGCUUACGUUCAGCAUAAUACAGCACAAAUAGCACUGGCAGUGUCAAAUGACACACGGCCCAGGCAUUAGUGGUAGUUCGAUGGUUAUCAAUUCGUGCCUUCCACAUUUUUAACUCAUACUCACCAUUAGGAUCAAUAUAAAACAUUCUAAACCAAGUUGAAUUUUUUAGAAUUUAAGCUACUUCGCUGCCGUCCAUGAAAAAUCCAAUUGAAAUAAACAUGAAAAAUUCGAUUAA